CAAAAUAGGUGUUAUCCUUUUUGAGUCUUGUUUUGAUGCAGAUGUGAGUAAAUUAUAAAGAAAAUUUCAUUAUAAAAUUGAGAUGGAAUGUUGAAUAAACUAAUUUAGAAGAAAUACUUUAAACUUGUGUCGAUAUUUGUAUAUUGUAGAAAUAUUAUCAUACGUAAAGAAAGAAAAUACGAUAUGGCAAGUAACACAGAUUUCAUCUCCAGGCUUCGGACCCUCAAGUUAGCUUAUGACGAGAAGUUGAUAACAAAAGAUGAAUAUGAUAAAUGUCGUCUUAAAGAACUAGAUAAUUGGUCCGAAAAUCAAGAAGAAAAGAAAUCGUUUUGGGGGAAUUUAUGGGAUAAAGCAUGCAAACUUGGCAGUGCCAUCUUAAGAAACAUGAUUAGGCCCAUUGUUGAAGGGACAUUAUUGUUAACCGGGUCUAUAUUUAAACUAAUAUCGCCUAAGACUUAAAGUCAAUACUUCUACAACAAAUUAUCAAUCUCUUAAAAUUUGAAAAACGAGUAAAUUCUGAUUAAAGUAGAAGAUUGCUUCGUAUAAAAAAAAUCAUUUUUUUUUGAUUAUUAGCACUUCUUAUUUGAGUUUCAUUUUCAAAUAAUUGUUAUAAAUUUAUCCAAUAAAACCAAAAUAAUUAUUAAUUCACAUUUUCAUCCAUAAGUAAGGUCGGAAUUAUAAAUAAUGUAUUUGCCUCGCACUAGAUGAUUCUAUAGGCUUUCCAUCAAUUUAUUAAGCUUUUCAUUUGAAAAAAAAAAAACUCAUUUGAUUAAUAAUGUGAUAUAAA